AUUCCCAAAUCAAAUGUAUUUGUGAACAAUGUUGAAAAUAAUUAAAGCAGUGUUUUGCUCUUGAUAUCAAAACACGACAAAAAAGUCGGUGUUCCACAAUGUAAGAUGUAUAACAAAGUCUUAGACCUUGGUAACAAUAGUAUUUUUUUCAUACAAAAAAAUUACUUCCAUGACAUGGGGAACAUUGAAUGCCUAGUUUUGAGCAGAAAUUGUAUAAACCAGGCAUUAAAUGGCACUGAAUUUAGCAAUCUCCCAAAACUUAAAUACCUUGACCUUUCUUAUAAUCGAAUAAGUUUGGUUUUCAACACUGCUUUUUCAGAGUUGCCUUACUUAGAGGUGUUGGAUCUCAGCUAUAACCAGUAUUACUUUUCACUCGAUGGGCUUGUGCACAGCAUCAAUUUUAUUUCUGGUAUGUCUGCACUAACAGAGCUUCGACUGGUAGGGAAUGGUAUCAGAAGUCUUUCGACAGACUCUCCCUUGUACAGUAACACUUUGAAAACGCUAAACUUUCAAGGAAACAGACUUGACAUAUUAUGGGAAGAUGGAAAACAUUUCAACUUAUUUGAAAAUUUUACACAGCUGCAAAACCUUGAUAUUUCUCACAACAAGAUAAGGUUUAUUUUAAAGAACAGUGUGUUUGUGCAUUUAAAAAAAACUGAAAGUGUUAAACAUUAGCCAUAAUCGACUGAGACGUAUUCCUUGGGAUGAACUUGCCAAACUAGAACAUUUACAACAACUGGACCUUAGCUACAAUCAUCUGACACAGUUAUCAGAUGUAUCAAAUAGUACAUCCAUCACAAAGCUGAUAAUGCAUAACAAUAAUAUAGCUUUUAUCAGUGCAGAUUUUGUAAAAUCAAUGCGACGCCUGACUGUUUUAGAUAUAAGACGCAACAAUCUAACUGCAGAGAGCCAAGAAAGGUUCUCUAUUCACAAUAUGAAACAUCUCGAAGGAUUGCAACUCUCUGGAAACCCAUUUCUGUGUACAUGCUCCAACGUAUGGUGUCUGUCUUGGAUCAACUCAACUACUGUUAUUAUUCCUAA